GCCCCUUGACUUGAAACGCGACUGAUAGCACGCAGGCACAACUUCUGAUAAUGUUUUGAGUUAGUAUAUAACUGUUCACGACCGCUGGGCACCGGGAAAAGAGCGGGUUCUUUUGCUACAAAUGGCGACCAUCGUCUUCUGCUCGGUCAACAAAACGGCUCAGACCACCGCGAGACGAUGUUUGACUUCACAUUUAAAAGGACUCGGUAGUUCAGGAGAGUCACGUCUGCCGUUACCCUGCACUCACAGCUCGUCAGUGACUCUCCUUCCGGGUACGAGAUGGUUUUCCAGGGGAUCCAGCGUACGGUUCAUGUCCCAUGGGACCGCAGGCAGAACCGCAGCCGGGAGAAGCAGGAGGGGAGCCGCGGCGCUCAGUGGAGCCGCAGCAGUCACAGCAGCAGCGGCGGUGGCGGGCUUCUUAGCCAACGCAAACCACUUCCAGCGCGCUGAAAUGGCAACGAAGGUAUCCCCAGCCGCUGAGGAGAAGCAGCGAGAGGGGGAUAUCUUGGAGAGAUGUCGGGGCUUCAUGUCUCCUCCGGUGACUGACAUCAGUGUGCUGCAGGGGAGGAAAGGAGAGAUGCGUACGAGGAUGGAGAUGCUGAUCAUGGAGACGCAGGCCGACUUCUGCAAAGCCCUCCAGGAGGUGGACGGUGGGACGUUCAAGGUGGACCGCUGGCAGAGGCAUGAAGGUGGUGGAGGAAUCAGCUGUGUGAUGCAAGAUGGAAAGGUGUUUGAGAAGGCAGGGGUCAAUGUGUCGGUGGUGUUUGGAAACCUGACGGAGGAGGCCGCCAAGCAGAUGAGGAGCAGAGGGAAAGUCCUCAAAGGGAAAGAUGGUAAGCUGCCGUUUUGUGCCAUGGGUGUGAGCUCCGUCAUCCACCCCAAGAACCCCCACAUCCCCACAGUGCACUUUAACUACAGAUACUUUGAGAUUGAAGAGGAGGAUGGCUCUAAACAGUGGUGGUUUGGUGGAGGCACAGACCUGACUCCAGUUUAUAUUAAUGAAGAAGAUGCCUUUCACUUCCACAACACCCUGAAAGAGGCCUGUGACAAGCACCACCCGCAGUACUACCCCGACUUUAAGAAAUGCAGAAGCCCACAUGACAAUGAUGAGGAGUUGUCAUGGAAGGAAAAGCCCCUGCAUGGCUUGUACCACCACCAGACGACAGAAGUGGCUGUUACUGAGAACUCCAACCAAUGUCUGGAAAAAGCUUAUCUGAAGGAAAGCACAGAGGCACUGAAUAUGGCAGCACAAGAACAGGUACUCAGCACAACAGCAAUAGAGGCUGGGGUUUACCACAACAGGCAGGACCCCAGGUGA